AUGAAGAUGAUAACCACAGAAAUCCUGAACAAAACCUCUGAAAACAACUGUUCAUUAAUCUUAACAAUUAGUCAUACACUCACCAUUAACAACUCUCCUACAGUAAUUUCUUUCCUCUACCGCGCUUACCUUGAUUAUAACAACAUCAAACUCAAUCUCAACAAGCUUGCAUUACCUCCGUCGUUGCAACCAUCACUCGAAAAAAUUGGUAAACGCGAAAGUAUUGAGUUCUUUUGUAGUCAUGGAAAGAUUGUUUUUGAGAAAAUAGAUGUCGUUGGGUGUUGUAAUGGGUUGGUUUUAAUCUCUAGUGGGUUGCACAACGUUGGUAUUUCGAACCCGGCAAACGAAUGCUUCAAGGUCAUACCUUCCAUAAACUAUCCAGGGUUUUAUUCUGAGAACCAUGGACAAGGUUACAAGACUAACUAUGAGACACCACCUUUCUACAGAAUAUAUUACAGGAAGUAUGUGUACAGAUAUUUUAAGUUCAGGGUUUUUGGAUUUGGGUAUGAUUGUAAUAGUCAGUGUUACAAGAUUGUAUAUUUAACACCAUUAAAGGCUCACAUCUAUUGUUUGAAGAAAGACUGUCAUUCAUGGAGAAGAAUUGAUUUACCUGAAUUCAAGUCAUCAAGUGGAUUUAUACAACAGGGGAACAGCGAAAAAGGGUUAUAUAUUAAGGCUUAUAACCAUGGUGUAUUCACCAACAACCAUAUACAUUGGAAUAUUACCAAGAACGAUCCAUUGGUGUUCGAGUACUCGAAAGAAAAAAUCCUCGGCUUUGAUCUUUGUAAGGAAGAAUGGGGUGAAGUACCGGUGCCAGAAGUAUUAAAUCGCGGUUAUUUUCUACAAGGUUACAUGUUAAAACCUUACCUCUUAGAGGUAGGUGUGUUGAAUGGAAGUUUAUGUAUCUUGCUGUCGCGAGGUAUUAGUUAUCCGCAUCUUGAGUUAUGGAUCAUGAAGAAAUAUGCAGUGAAGGAAUCAUGGAUGAAACUAUGCAAUGUACCAAAUGGAAGCGGAAUUCCUCUGGCUUAUUACAUAGAGCAAGAUGAAUAUUUGUUGCCUGGAAAAGAACAUGGUUUAGGUUGGUAUAAUCCUCAAAAGAAUAGGGUAAACAAGGUUGAGUUUCAUGGAUGCGAGUUUACAGGGGAGCAUUACUAUUCUACUGGAGCAAAGAUGUGUAUUGAAAGUUUUGCUGAUCCGUUUACGAGUAUCGAAUGA